AUGGACGACCCAUACACAGUCAAGGCCCAGAGCGGUGACUCGGCUGCGAAGCAGAUCCUCUUGCAUCUCGACUCGCAGCGAACGGGCAACUAUAAGUUCAUCAGCGCCGACAUUGACGAGACGCACCUGCUUGUGCGAACAGAGGCUGUAGAGGAGAUCAAGGCUGCGUUACAGGAGGAGCUCGAGAAGAACACAUAUGUCAAGGUGAAGGACUAG